GGCUCGGCGGCGGGCGGCGGGCGGCGGGGCCAUGGGGUCGCAGACGCUGCAGAUCCUGCGGCAGGGCGUGUGGGCCGCGCUGAGCGGGGGCUGGUACUACGACCCGCACCAGCCCACCUGCGUGAACGCGCUGCACCUCUACCUGUGGCUCUUUCUGCUCGGCCUGCCCUUCACCCUCUACAUGGCUCUCCCUUCUUCCAUGAUUAUAAUGGCAGUUUACUGUCCUGUGAUAGCUGCUGUUUUCAUUGUUCUGAAGAUGGUUAACUAUCGGCUCCACAGAGCGCUUGAUGCUGGAGAAGUCAUAGAUAGGAAUGCAAACGAGCUAACCAAUCAAGGAGCCAACGUUGAACAAGGCGACUGUUCAACUAGGAGAAAAGACAGCAAUGGACCAAGUGAUCCUGGUGGAGGGAUUGAAAUGUCUGAGUUCAUUCGAGAGGCCACACCCCCAGUUGGUUGCAGCUCGAGAAAUUCUUAUGCUGGAUUAGAUCCAAGCAACCAGGUUGGAUCUGGCUCCUCUCGUCUUGGGACAGCAGCAACUAUGAAAGGAGAUACAGACACUGCCAAGACUUCUGAUGAUAUCAGUUUAAGUCUAGGCCAAAGCUCUAGUCUCUGUAAGGAUGGAAGUGAAGAACAGGAUUUGGCAACCGACCGGAAGCUCUUCCGUCUGGUCUCCAAUGAUUCCUUCAUCUCCAUUCAGCCUUCUUUAUCCUCUUGUGGACAGGACUUACCAAGGGACUUCAGCGACAAAGUGAAUCUGCCAAGUCACAGCCACCACCACCACGCUGAGCAGUCUCUGUCCAACGCCUGUGAUACAGAAGCCGCCUCUCUCGUCCCAUUACACUCACACUCCUACAGGAAAGACCACCGGCCCCGGGGCGUGCCGCGGACUUCCAGCUCUGCUGUCGCUUUUCCAGACACUUCCAUGAAUGACUUCCCUCUGUACCAGCAGAGGCGCGGCUUGGAUCCAGUUAGCGAGUUAGAAUCUUCCAAACCUCAUUCUGGAUCUAAAGACUCCCUAGUGGAAAAUUCUUGUUUAUCUGGGGAGUUUCAGCCUGUGGGCGAGCCCAAGGCCCGCCGUUCUCAGCCACCUACAAAAAGCGGGAAGAGCAAACCUUUGAAAGCAGACAGAAGUAUCGACAGCCUAGGGAGCCUCAGCACCCGGAGUAGCGGGUCGUCCGAGAGCUACUGCAGCGGCACGGACCGCGACACCAACAGCACCGUCAGCAGCUAUAAAAGCGAACACACCAGCUCGACUCACAUCGAGAGCAUCGUGUCCGAACACGAGGAGUCUUCGAAAGCAGGGCAGAAGAGUGGCCGGAAACGGGAGCGUCGUGUUGACUCGGAAGACAAGAGGAGCUGCAGCAGCGACAAAAAGACUAGUAGUGAGAAGACUGCCUUGGAAGUCAGUGUGAACAGUGGCGUCCGGGGAGCCAAGGACCCCAGGGCCUCCGACAUGCACCAUCAGAGGGGCCUCAGCACGUCUGCGUCCGAAGAAGCCAACACAAACCCCCACGCGAACGAGUUUACCUCGCAGACGGACAGCCCACUCGGGAAAGCUGCCGAGAACACAGAGGAGCAGAGCCCCAAGUCAGCCGCUUCAGAGGCUUCAAGAGGGGGUAAAGAUGGUGGUGGGAAGCAGAGAGAAGGGGCCGUGCGCCCGAAAUCCUCUAGCUUAAUCCACCGGACAGCCUCUCCCCAUAAAUCAGGCAAGAGACGGGCAGGAAAGAAACGGGCCAGCAGUUUUGAUUCGAGCCGGCACAGGGAUUCUGUUUGCUUUCGAGGUGUGACUGGUGCCAAGCCGCACAGUGCUGUCUUCUGUGCCAACGAAGACUCCAGUGACCAGAGUGACUUGAGCCGAGCGUCCAGCGUCCAGUCUGCUCACCAGCUGAGCAGUGACAGCUCUUCGAGCACCACUUCUCAUUUAUGCCAGUCUCCCGAGUGCAGGUACAGUGCCCUAAAGACCAGGCCUGUCCCGAGGGAAAGGGGCACGGAUUCCGAGCACGCACACAGAGCUCACUUGGGUCCCGACGGAACGGGCAAAAAGCAGACGACACGCCGGACUUCCAGCGCGAGUAGUGCCAAGACUCGGGCCCGAGUGCUGAGCUUGGACAGCAGCACCGUAGCGUGCUUGAAUGACACCAAGAGGCUAAUGGCACCGGAAAGCCUGAAGCCCCUGACCACUUCAAAAUCCGAUCUCGAGGCCAAAGAAGGAGAGAUGCUAGAUGAGCUGUCUCUGUUGGGACGGGCUUCCCAGCUAGAGACGGUCACUCGGUCUAGGAACAGCUUGCCAAACCAGGCUGCGUUUCCUGAAGGGGAAGAGCAAGAUGCAGCCAGUGGAGCCGCGCAGGCCCGCGAGGAGGCGGUGUCAUUUCGCCGGGAACGCAGCACAUUUAGGCGCCAGGCAGUGCGGCGCCGCCACAAUGCAGGGAGUAACCCCACCCCUCCUACAUUGCUCGUCGGACCACCCCUAAGCCUUCAAGAUGGUCAACAAGGCCAGCAGUCCACAACCCAGGUCAAAGUGCAGUCCCGCCCCCCCUCCCCGGCUGCAGUGCUCAGUGCUAGUGCCUCCUUGCUGGUGAGAAAUGGAAGUGUCCACUUAGAAGUGUCACAUGAAGGCGCAUCUGCUGUAGGAGGCAGCAGUUUGCAUGAUGAACUUGGUAAGUUCUCUUCUACGCUUUAUGAGACUGGUGGCUGUGAUAUGUCACUUGUGAAUUUUGAACCAGCAGCAAGAAGAGCGUCCAAUAUCUGUGAUACGGAUUCACAUGUAUCCAGUUCUACCUCAGUUCCAUUUUAUCCACAUGAUGUGCUCUGUCUUCCCCAGAUACGUCUGAACAGACUACUGACCAUUGACACAGACUUGCUGGAACAGCGAGAUAGUGAUCUCAGCCCUGACUUGGCAGCUACCUAUGUCCCAACAGAAGAAGCUGCGCAAAAAGUGAAACACUAUUACCGCUUUUGGAUCCUGCCCCAGCUGUGGGUCGGCGUUCACUUUGACAGACUCACGCUUCUGGCUCUGUUUGACAGAAACCGUGAAAUCCUGGAGAACGUGUUAGCGGUCAUCCUGGCUAUUCUUGUGGCUUUUUUGGGAUCUGUUCUUCUCAUACAAGGCUUCUUCAGAGAUAUCUGGGUCUUCCAGUUCUGCCUGGUGAUAGCCAGCUGUCAGUACUCACUACUUAAGAGUGUUCAGCCAGAUUCUUCGUCUCCCCGACACGGUCACAACCGUAUCAUUGCCUACAGUAGACCAGUUUAUUUCUGUCUGUGCUGUGGUCUUAUUUGGCUUUUGGAUUAUGGUAGCAGAAACCUUACUACAACCAAGUUCAAAUUAUAUGGAAUAACUUUCACCAAUCCACUGGUGCUUCUAUCAGCCAGGGAUUUAGUUAUAGUGUUUACACUCUGUUUCCCAAUAGUAUUUUUCAUUGGUCUCCUGCCUCAGGUGAAUACAUUUGUAAUGUACCUUUGUGAACAAUUGGAUAUUCAUAUCUUUGGUGGUAAUGCCACUACCAGCCUGCUUGCGGCACUUUAUAGUUUUAUCUGCAGCAUCGUGGCAGUGGCCUUGCUCUAUGGAUUGUGUUACGGCGCUUUGAAGGAUUCUUGGGAUGGACAGCACAUCCCAGUGCUUUUCUCCAUUUUCUGUGGCUUGUUAGUGGCGACAUCGUACCACCUCAGCAGACAGAGCAGUGACCCCUCUGUACUUUUCUCGUUGGUGCAAUCCAAGAUUUUUCCAAAAACAGAAGAUAAAAAUCCAGAAGACCCUCUGUCCGAAGUAAAAGACCCAUUGCCUGAAAAACUUAAAAAUUCUGUUAGUGAACGUUUACAGUCUGACCUGGUAGUGUGCAUUGUGAUCGCUGUGCUAUAUUUCGCUAUUCAUGUCAGCACCGUGUUCACAGUAUUGCAGCCCGCCCUGAAGUAUGUGCUGUACGCAGUGGUGGGUUUUGUGGGCUUUGUGACCCACUAUGUGUUGCCUCAAGUUAGAAAACAGCUACCCUGGCACUGCUUCUCUCACCCACUGCUGAAGACAAUGGAGUAUAACCAAUAUGAAGUUAGAAAUGCAGCCACUAUGAUGUGGUUUGAGAAACUUCAUGUGUGGCUUCUUUUCAUGGAGAAAAAUAUCAUCUACCCACUGAUCGUUCUCAAUGAACUUAGUAGCAGUGCAGAGACAAUUGCUAGUCCAAAAAAACUGGAUACAGAACUAGGUGCUUUGAUGAUCACCAUUGCCGGGCUCAAGCUGCUGCGCUCCUCCUUCAGCAGCCCUACGUACCAGUACGUCACGGUCAUCUUCACUGUGCUCUUUUUCAACAUCGACUACGAAGCCUUCUCAGAGACGAUGCUAUUAGAUCUCUUCUUCAUGUCCAUACUUUUCAGCAAGCUCUGGGAACUUCUCUGUAAACUACAGUUUGUGUACACCUACAUUGCCCCGUGGCAGAUCACGUGGGGUUCUGCUUUCCAUGCCUUUGCUCAGCCCUUUGCAGUGCCCCACUCGGCCAUGUUGUUGGUGCAGGCGGCUGUGUCAGCCUUCUUUGCUGCCCCUCUGAACCCUUUCCUGGGAAGUGCGAUCUUCAUCACGUCCUAUGUUCGGCCUGUGAAGUUCUGGGAGAGAGACUAUAACACAAAACGAAUGGAUCACUCAAAUACCAGACUGGCUUCCCAGCUUGAUAGAAAUCCAGGAUCAGAUGACAACAAUCUCAAUUCCAUUUUUUAUGAACAUUUAACCAGAUCCCUACAGCACAGUCUCUGUGGAGAUCUGCUGCUAGGGCGGUGGGGUAACUACAGUACAGGGGACUGCUUCAUCCUGGCCUCUGACUACCUCAACGCACUGGUGCACCUCAUCGAGAUAGGCAACGGACUAGUCACUUUUCAGCUGCGGGGACUUGAAUUCAGGGGAACUUACUGUCAACAACGAGAAGUGGAGGCGAUCACCGAAGGUGUUGAGGAAGACGAAGGCUUUUGCUGCUGCGAGCCUGGUCAUAUUCCCCAUGUGCUUUCAUUCAACUCAGCCUUUGGCCAGCGCUGGCUGGCCUGGGAGGUGGUAGUCACUAAGUACAUCCUGGAGGGCUACAGCAUCACGGACAACAGCGCUGCGUCUAUGCUUCAAGUCUUUGAUCUCCGCAAAGUCCUGACUACUUACUAUGUCAAGGGUAUCAUUUAUUAUGUUACAACCUCUUCCAAGCUAGAGGAGUGGCUCGCCAACGAGACAAUGCAGGAAGGGCUCCGUGUGUGUGCAGACCGAAACUACGUGGAUGUGGAUCCGACAUUCAACCCAAACAUUGAUGAAGACUAUGACCACCGGCUAGCAGGCAUCUCCAGGGAGAGCUUCUGUGUGAUUUACCUCAGCUGGAUAGAGUACUGUUCCUCCCGAAGAGCAAAGCCGCUGGAUGUGGACAAAGAUUCUUCCCUGGUGACCCUUUGCUUUGGACUCUGUGUUCUGGGAAGGAGAGCUUUGGGUACUGCGUCCCACCACAUGUCUAGUAAUUUAGAGUCAUUCCUCUACGGACUGCAUGCCCUGUUUAAGGGAGACUUUCGUAUCUCUUCAAUUCGAGAUGAAUGGAUCUUUGCUGACAUGGAGCUGCUAAGGAAAGUAGUAGUGCCUGGGAUACGAAUGUCCAUCCAACUCCAUCAGGAUCAUUUUACUUCUCCCGAUGAGUAUGAGGACCCUGCCGUGCUCUAUGAAGCCAUCGUAGCUCAUGAGAAGAACCUGGUGAUAGCCCACGAAGGGGACCCUGCAUGGCGGAGCGCCGUCCUCGCCAACUCACCCUCCCUGCUUGCUCUGCGGCACGUCAUGGAUGAUGGCACCAAUGAGUACAAGAUCAUCAUGCUCAACAGACGCUACCUGAGCUUCAGAGUCAUUAAAGUGAACAAGGAAUGUGUCCGAGGUCUUUGGGCAGGGCAGCAGCAAGAACUUGUCUUUCUACGCAACCGUAACCCAGAAAGAGGCAGCAUCCAAAAUGCAAAGCAGGCCCUGAGGAAUAUGAUCAACUCGUCAUGCGACCAGCCUAUCGGCUACCCGAUCUUUGUCUCACCCCUGACCACCUCUUACUCUGAUAGCCACGAGCAACUUAAAGACAUUCUUGGGGGACCUAUCAGCUUGGGAAAUAUCAGAGACCUCACUGUGUCCACCUGGCACAGGUUAAGGAAAGGUUGUGGUGCUGGCUGUAACAGCGGCGGCAACACUGAAGGUUCUGAUACUGGAGGUGGCACCUCCUGUCCUAGUAACAAUGCAACAGCUGCCCACGAUCCCCACAGCGGCGUGUCUCAAGGCAUCACGGGAAAUCCAGGCCAGGGGUCAGGAGCAGGACUCCAUCCACCUGUCACAUCCUGUCCCCCAACACUAGGCACGAGUCACAGCGCUCACUCUGUACAGUCAAGCCUGGUCAGACAGUCCCCCGCCCGCGCCUCGGGGGCCAGCCAGUCUUCUUACUGCUACAGCAGCCGACACUCCUCCCUCAGGAUGUCCACCCCGGGAUUCGUGCCUUGUCGGCGCUCUUCCACCAGUCAGAUCUCACUCCGAAACUUGCCGUCCUCCAUCCAGUCCCGCCUGUCCAUGGUGAACCAGCUGGAUCCCUCCGGCCAGGGUGGCCUGUCCUGUGUGCAGCACGGACUUCCUUCCUCCAGCAGCUCCAGCCAAAGCAUCCCUGCCUGCAAGCAUCACACUUUCGUGGGCUUUCUGGGGACAGACGGAGGUCAGAGUAGUGCCACUGAGGCACAGCCAGGCAACACCUCAAGUUCCACCAAUAAUUCACAGGCCAAAAAGGGGGAGGUGAUUUACAGAGUACGGAUUGUGGAUCCCAGUCAAAUUCUCGAUGGAAUCAACCUGUCAAAAAGGAAGGAGCUGCAGUGGCCUGAUGAGGGAAUCCGGCUAAAAGCUGGGAAAAACAGCUGGAAAGACUGGAGUCCUCAGGAGGGCAUGGAAGGCCAUGUGAUUCACCGAUGGGUGCCUUGCAGCAGAGAUCCAGGUACCAGAUCCCACAUCGACAAGACAGUUCUUCUGGUCCAGAUUGAUGAUAAAUACGUGACUGUAAUUGAAACUGGGGUACUAGAACUCGGGGCUGAAGUGUGAGCCGGUGUUUGAAAACUACAGUUCUGUUUCCUCCCAAUUCCAAGCAAGGCACUGGAAAGAGAGAGGAGAGGAAUGAUGCAGGUGUCAUUUGGAUCCUAGAUGGAGAGACUUGAAUAGAGUGGGCUUGAUCAGACACCUCUCCUUUGCACUUUCCCCUGACCCCUGUCACUGUCUCUAUCCCCAAAUAAAGCUGAAAUAUUUUUUUAAGUUAGCUGCCAAGAAAGCAUUUUGCAUGAAGGAUAAAAUUCUGUUCAAAUUACAUCCUUAAAGACACUUUUUUAAAAUGCAUCAUCUACGCUUUAAAAACCAACCAACUCUUAAUUUCUAAAUAGUGGUCUCAUAUUUUUCAGAUUUCUUUGCCAAAAAUAAUUGCCCUGUUUUGUCAUAUAACAUGAUCCAUUUACCUUGAUUUUCAAAGAACAGACCAGUGUAGUGAUCUUCAGUUUGACAUAGAACAAUAUAAAAGUUGAAUGUACAGUGAAAGAGAUUAUGAACAGACAGAGAUUUAUCUUGUUCCUAGAAUGCUAAAAAACUUUAAUGGUAAAAGAAAAGCUGCACUAAUUUUUUACAACAAUGCACUAAAGUCUGAGAUUUCUCAGAACAUUUAUUUAUAUAGAAAAACAAAAUACAUUAUUUAAAUUGCCUUUGGGAUUGAUCCCGUCCCCGUUCCUUAAACACACAUAGCAGAAACUGUGCUGCUCAUGUCCCCAUCAGUAAUCUGAACUUCACACCAGGACAUGGGAUACUCUCUGUGAAAUGAGUACCAAGCCUCAAGACACACAGUCCCGUCAUUACUCUUCCCUGGUGCCGAUAGUCAGUGAAUUGGUCCUGUGAACACCACUGCCAGCCCCGGUGUCCGCAUUCCAGGUGAACUCCAGCGGGGUCUAUGUCCCAGAUCUUCUCACGUCUCUCCUCCUCUUGGGACAAGCUCUUCUGGGGUCAGUUCGGGAAGAAAAUGCUUUUGCUUUUCAAAGAAGAAGAUGAACAUCCAGGAAUUUCGAGAAAGGAUGGAUCCCAUGCCUCUUAUUUCAAGAACUCUUAAGUUAUUCACAUUGCAGUUCAAUUAAUCAAGUAAAAUUUUUCUGAAACUGA